CCUAAAGAACUUAGAACAAUUAACUUGAUCGAAAUGACAGCCUUCAAUCGGUAUCACCACUUUGCGCUUCUAUGGAUCGUUGCCCUCGUGGGAAGUAGCUGUAUUUUGGGAUUUUCCGAGGCCCAAACCUUCACAGCCGAGGAUCGUAGCUCUAUACAGAAAUUCAUGGAUUCUUUGCUGAACUUCCUCGAACUGGAAGUAAGUAAUAUAACAACCACAUUGCCGCCAACUUCGAAUGGCACUACCUUGGAGACCACUACUCUGGCGGCACCUGGAAAUUCCACAGAAGUGACCACAGAGGUUUCGCAAACAUCCACUAACUCCACAUCGAGUGCCUUGGAUACGACCACGAGCAGUUUGAAUGUCACAACGGUGGAUAGCGAAAAUACAACCGCAACAACCACAACCACCGAAGCAAAUCCAACUACGAUGAGGCGCAGGAUUUGCUUCAAGCGUUUCUGCUACAAGUUUAGCAACGACAAGGGUUACAUAGUUUAGAUCGAAUAAACGUAUUGAUAUGAA